UUAUAUACGGCAAACCUAUGAAACGAAGCCAAUGCGAUCUGCAACUUGUUUAAUUUAGUAGCACAUUCUGCUGAUAAAGCACGGUUCUUUGCAAGAAAAUGCGUAUGAUGACAACCCAGUCAGUCAAGAAGUCUAAGGCCUUUUGGUUUGUGGAGAUCUGGAAAUGCUAUUCAGAAUGAGGGGAUUUGCUGAGCUCGAUUGCGCAGAUGAGAUGCGGAUCGAACAGACCAGUCUUGUUAUGGUUGUGUCGUUGCUGUGCGUUCUCGGCUGGCUUCCACUCCUCAAUGCACAACUCCCGGGGAUCUCUGCACGCUCGCUAGAUGCGAUUCUUCAAGAUUAUGCUUUCGGGGCCAUCGCCGUCCGCCCCAAAACAGGCCUUCCUUAUGACGCCCGCCUUCCCAGCAAUUUAUCAGGAAUUGCCGUUUCGGCAAUGAGGCUUCGAAGUGGUAGCUUGAGAACCAGAGGUGUUACUAGCUACAAGGAGUUUCAGAUCCCCAUUGGUGUUUUGGAGCAGCCUUAUGUUGAGAGGCUUGUUUUGGUAUACCAAAACUUGGGCAACUGGUCUUCUUCUUUUUACCCUUUACCCGGGUUUUCUUAUUUGGCUCCUGUUCUGGGUCUACUGGCCUACAAUGGUACCGAUCUAUCUGCUUCAAAUUUACCUGAAUUGGAUAUAACAGCGUCCUCCCACAAGCCCAUCUUGAUAAAGUUCCUAAAUUUGAGUUCAUCUCCUGAUGGGUUGUCACCAAAGUGUGUGUUUUUUGAUUUACAUGGUUCAGUGCAGUUUGACAACAUGCUAUCCGGAGAUGCAUGUUCAGCAACUCAACAAGGACAUUUCUCUGUAGUUGUCGAAUCUCCUGCUCCAUCUCCAGCUCCCUCUGGGGGGGAGGUUCCGCCUCCUGCUACUGCCGCCGGAAAGAGAAAAUCUACAGUGUGGAUAGUUCUUGCAUCUUUGGGUGGUGGGCUUGUGUUGUUGGCUAUGUUGGCUUUAUUAUUUAAAUGGCUGAGAAGGCGUAUACAAGGGAAGAAGGUGCAGCAAAUGGAAUGGGCUGCGGAUAGGGGUCAAACCUUGCAGACGAAAACAAUUGGGAAUUCCAAGGCUCCAUUCGCAAUGGGAACUCGAACACGACCAGUGUUGGAGAACGAAUAUGUGCCUUAGGCUUUGUCACUUGCAAAAAGCAUUUGCCAUUUGUUUCUUCAUUCAUAAUCAGCUCUAGUCUUUUGAUUCAUUGAAAUUAAGGAAAGAAAAGAAUUAAAAGCUUUCUUGUUUCUUUGUUU